AAGGGCAAAGUCUUAUUUUUUCUUGGGUAAAAGUGGCUUUUCAUAUAACUCUUAAGUGAGUACAGCCAAGUACAUCAAUAGAAAGAAAAUAAAACAAAUUAUAAGGGACAUCAGGAUCCCUAAUCCAGAUAACUUCUCCAGAAUGCAUGCCGAGUCAUGAAGGAGGCAACUCAAUCGGCAGCUCUGUUCGCCUUCCGAUACACAUGUGCUGCAUGAAAAUAAUCUAUCUCCCUAAUCAGUCUGCAAGUCUCCCGAAUUAGCGGGUGGCCACCUCCAAAUCUAUCCACUCCUGAUAUCUAGUCAAUCACCGUAGAGGAAUUACCCUCAAGGUAUACCCCAUCUGCACCAUAUACUCUCCUCUCAGGUUGCCCGCAGCUCCACCUCAAUGGCGGUCAAACCAGAGGUGCGUCGGCCUCCCGUCACAAUCAGCCUACCCUGGUAAGCUCUGAUCAGAAAUCCUACUCCUCUAUAAACUCCAUCCGCCGAUCUACCGCCACUGAAAUUAACUUUGAGAUUACCAAAGGAUCGGGGCACUCAGAAAAAAAAAGGGCAAAUCUGAAUGCUGUGACAGCGAAACGGGUACCCCAGAUGUCCUUGGCCAUUUUAGAGGAUCUCGACGCGGUUGCCGUGGUGAUCUCUAUAGAAUUCCGAAAAUCUCUAUCCACCACCGUCCUUGGAGCCGACCCACUGCCCUCAAAGAGGUGCGCAUUUUUGUCCAACUAUAUGUGAUAGGCUAGGUAUGCCCUCAUGAUCUCCUCCUCGACAGUGCUAGGUCUCCUCAUAGAAUUUUGUAUAUGAUGCAAUAGGUCCUCCACUGACUGCAAUGUAUGUGGUUGAGGAACAGACGACCUCUCCCAAAUAUGUACUGCCCUGGGAUAGCUGAGGAUAACAUGAGUAAUAAUCUCCUCAAUGCCCGGUCAAGCCUCAUAUAAUGGAGUGGUCUGGAUACCUCACCUUGCUAACAGCUCCUUGGUCACCUUCCAUAAGAAUGAGGGCAAAGUCUUGGUGGUACGUUCGGGUCGUGUAUCGUUGUCACAUGGUGUAUUCUUUCUCCGGUCCCACUGAGCCGCCCUCUCGAUGGCUAGAAGCCAGAGCUAGCAUUUCUGUCAAUUUCGCUGCAGCAUUCGUCUCUCUGUCAGUGCCUACUGUUUGAUUCCGGUUCUCCUGCCUCUGUCUCGCGGAAGAGACUCGGAAUGCAAAACUUGGAGAAAGAUCAAGUAGUCCUCAUCAUGCAGUCCCCGGAUCUCGCCGAUCCCCAACCCUUCUCCGGCGAGAAACCAACCCCAAACCAUAAUUCGAAUCCGAACUCCGCCACCGCCGCCGCGGUCCCUCCGUCGAAGCCCUCCCGGCCAACCCUCAACCGCCUCGCGGUCUCGAAGCCCAAAUCCCGCUUCGUGGAACUCAACUACCCUCCCCUUCUGAAGCCCGAGCACCAGCCCCUGUCCGAGAUCCCCAAAAGAUCCGACGACACGGACUCCGACUCCGACGAUCAAGAAGAAGACGAGGAGGAGGAAGAGGAGGAGCAGCCCAUCUCCGACAAAUUUCUCCCGAAGAGCGGCCGGUGGUGGUUCGGGUGGCAGGCCCUGCUCGAGUGGUCCGCCUUCGUCGCCAUCACCGCCUGCCUCGUCUCCAGCCUCACCCUCCCCUCCCUCAAGCUUCAUACGCUCUGGGGUCUGAAACAGUGGAAGUGGUGCCUGAUGGGCCUGGUGGUGCUGUGCGGCCGCCUCGUCUCCGGGUGGCUGGUGUGGGCCCUGGUGUUCGUCAUCGAGCGCUACUUCCUCCUCCAAGAGAAGGUGCUCUACUUCGUGUACGGCCUUCGGAAGAGCGUCCGCAGCUGCGUCUGGCUGGCCCUCGUCGUCCUCUCCUGGUACCUCGUCUUCGACCCCAAGGUGGACACCUCCCCCAUCCUCUACCGCUUCUCCCGCGCCCUCGUCGCCUUCCUCGUCGCCGCCACCAUCUGGCUCCUCAAGAUCCUCCUCGUCAAGGUCCUCGCCUCCUCCUUCCACGUCGCCACCUUCUUCGACCGCAUGAAGGAGAGCGUCUUCCACCAAUACAUCCUCGAGAGCCUCUCCGGGCCACCCCUUGAAGAAGAUAAUGUUGACACCACCAGUCGCACUAAAGAGGAGGAGAAUGAGAAGAAGAGGAAGAAGAAGCUGAAGCGGCGAUCGCCGGUGGCUGGGAUGAUCAUGGGGCGGUCGAAGACGAUGCCGGCGAGGAUGGGGGGGUCGUCGCGGAGGAUAGACAUGAAGAAGCUCCGGGAUCUGAGCCGGGCGGCGGCGAACGGGCGCAGCGUGAGGCGGCUGGUGAGUCACAUCAUGAAGACGGGGCUCUCCUUGUCGACGCUCUCGAGGACGGUGGACCGGACGGUGGACCGCUUCGGGGAGACGGACGCGGACUCGGAGAUCACCAGCGAGCGGGAGGCCCGCGUCUCGGCCGAGCGCAUCUUCAAGAACGUCGCCAAGCCCCACCACAAGUAUAUUGAGGAGGAGGAUUUGAAGAGGUUCCUGACCAGGGAGGAGGUGCACACAAUAUUUCCACUCUUCGAAGGAGCCCUUGAGACAGGAAAGAUUAAGAAGUCUGCAUUCCGCAAUUGGGUGGUGAGAGCAUAUCGAGAGCGGAAGUCAUUGGCUCAUUCCCUGAAUGACACAAAGACUGCAGUGCAGCAGCUGCACAAGCUGGCGAGUGCAGUUGUGAGUGUGAUCAUUCUUAUGAUUUCACUUCUUGUGAUGGGGGUGGCCACCACAAAACUCCUUCUGGUAGUCACUUCGCAGUUGCUGGUGGCAGGCUUCAUGUUUAAGAACAUGGUUAAGAUCAUCUUUGAGUCCAUCAUCUUCGUCUUUGUCAUGCACCCUUUCGAUGUGGGUGAUCGCUGUGUGAUUGAUGGUGUUCAGAUGAUUGUUGAAGAAAUGAACAUAUUGACUACAGUCUUCCUUCGGUAUGAUAACGAGAAGAUCUACUACCCUAAUGCAGUACUGUUGUCAAAGCCCAUCAGCAACUUCUAUAGAAGUCCUGACAUGGGUGAUAUGAUUGAGUUUUCGAUCGAUGUUUCUACCCCAGUCGAAACUGUUACUGCUCUAAGGAAAUCAAUACAAGCGUACCUGGAGAGCAAGCCAAAGUAUUGGCACCCAAAGCACUCAGUUCUAGUGAAAGAGAUUGAAAAUGUCAACAAAAUGAAAAUGGCUCUAACUGUGCUCCACACAAUGAACCAUCAGAACUUCCCUGAAAAGAAUAAUCGGCGGUCAGAACUUGUAUUUGAGCUGAAGAAGAUCUUUGAAAGUCUUGGCAUCAAAUAUCAUCUCCUCCCUCAAGAGAUCCAUCUAACCCAAGUCGUUAUGGCAGAUGGAAGGAUGCCUGCACAGUAAACUUACCAACUAAUCUUAUCCUCUGCUGCCUAAAUGAAGUCUGGUAAUGGGAUGUGGCUAGAGAGAAAAGUGGCUGGUCAAAGGUCAGUUUGUAAGUUUGCUUGGUUUUUUGUGGUUGAUAACCAGUUGAAUAUGAAAGCUGCAAGGAGUGGAGAAGAGCAAGACAAGAUUUACUAAUGAGAUUAUAGGGGGCAGUUUUUGAAAUUGGUGGAAUGACUGCAAUAGAAAGAAAAAUCUGAUAAUGUCUUCAAGAGAGAACAAUAAUCCCCCACAACCAUGCUGGUCUCCUUAUGCAGUCCUGCUAUUUAAUGUUGGUCAGUGAAAAGUAUUUGUAAACAGAAAUAUAGUGAAUGCAUCUCAAUUCUGACAUUUUU